AUGAUCCCGGAAGAAAUCGAGUCCGCUUGGGCGAAUAGUCUCUACCGUGUCAACGAUUUCCUCUUCGAAGUCGACAAAAAGAAGGAACAGAAACAUUAUUGUCGGUGCAUUCGAAAAAAGUCGGACGGUUGUUCUGCUCGAAUCAUAGUCGUCAAGGGAGCCGAUGCCGAAAUUAUCAGGACGUCCGGGACUCAUAAUCACGAAGAGGAACGUCGUGAUCGCAUCAGACGCGCUGCAAAGACAGAGAUGAAACGAACGCUUCUGCUUCGACCGGACGAAUCAUGUAAACAAGUGUAUCAGGAAGUCCUCGUUCGGAGUAUUGCAAAUCUUCGACAAGAUCACGCCGCCGAAGAGAUCGGCGCUGCUUUGCCGAAUUUUGAAGAGGUUCGAAGCUCCUUGCAUCGACAGCGAGCUAAGGUUCGACCGGUGCUGCCGUUAAGUCGGUCUGAUAUCGUGCUUCGCGAUACGUGGACAAGAACCUUGGACGGGGAGGAUUUCUUAGUCUUUGACGAUGGAACCACGGACAGAAUCCUCGGUUUCUCGACCGAAGAAGCUAUGACGAUCCUCUGUCGUGCUGACGCGAUUUACAUGGACGGGACCUUCAAGGUCGUGCCUCAUCUGUUCGCUCAGCUUUAUACGCUCCACGCUCAAUAUCGGGGGCAAAUGAUGCCGCUCGUGUAUUUUCUCCUCCCUGAUAAACAGAAGGAAACUUACAUCCGAAUGUUUACGCUCCUGAAGACCUUCGCUGUGACACGGCAUAUGGUUUUUCAACCUCCAAAGAUGCAACUAGACUUUGAAGUUUCAAGUCUGAAGGCAAUCGAAGAGUCGCUCCCAGGAACGGAAGUAAAGGGAUGCAAUUUCCAUUUUUCUCAAGCGAUAUGGAGGAAAACCCAGCAGGUCGGUCUCCGAACCUUCUACGAUAACGAUCCGAGCAUCAGGAGUUUCGUCAAAGGCGUGAUGGCUCUAAGUUUAGUACCGGAGCAUCUCAUCGAUGAUGCGUGGUUGGAGCUUCAGAGUGAAUCUCCCACUAUUGAUCACGCUGCGUAUGCCAAAUUGGACGAGCUCAAAGAGUAUGUCAUACACACAUGGCUGGAGAAUGAGACGGUUUUUCCCCAAACUUUUGGACCGCGCACGACAAAUAAUAUCGAAGCAUGGCAUAGUGCCUUGAAUCGAAUGGUCAAGGAAAGCCACGUGAACAUCUUUGUCUUGAUAGGCCAUCUCAAACAGGACCAGAGCAAGCACAAGUCGGACAGACUUCUAUUGGACGUCGGGCACCCUCCGAAGCCGCUGCGGAAAAAAUACAUACUCCUAAAUCAAAGACUGGAGCGCAUCGUACGACAAUAUGAAAACCAUGAAAUCACUCUCAUAGAAUACCUCAGACGUUGUUCGCACACGUUGUACUCCCAAUGA